AUGGAGUGUGGUAAAUCAGCAGCAUCUGUUGUUAGAAAAGUUAAGAAGAAGCAAGUGAAGGACGAGCUGGAUCGAAUCAAACAAGCAGAGAAGAAGAAACGUCGAUUGGAAAAAGCCCUGGCAGCUUCAGCCGCCAUUAUUUCGGAGCUGGAGAAGAAGAACCAGAAGAAGAGAGAAGAACAACAAAGGCUAGAUGAAGAGUGUGCCGCCAUAGCCGAGGCGGUUGCUUUGCAGGUCCUAAUCGGUGAAGAAUCCGACCAGAGCCAGAAGGAUGAGGAAUGGUAUCCUUCAUGGGGAUGCUAUGACUCGGGUCAAGUUUGGGGGAGUCCGAAUGGGGAAACGGGUUGGGUUUCGAGUGGUUAUGGAGGGCCCAGAUGUGAAUGGAACGGGUAUGGAUACGGGUACGGGCUGGGUGAUGUUCAUGUUGUGGAGGAGAGAGAGUGGGAAGGUGUAGGGGAGGUGUCAGAGGGUGCUUUAAUGGCGGCACAGGCUAUCUCUUCUCUCCAGAUUGCAGACGAUACUGUCAAUGUCAAUGCCUUUGUUUUUAAUAGAAUGGUGAGAGGGUGA